CUGUGCACGACGACCGCUGGCCAAGGCCAAACUCAUCGUGCUCAUCGCGGCGUAACUGGCUGCUCGGCGGCGCCGGUACCUGGGGCGGCGGUGGCGGUGGGCAGCGCUCUCUGGCGGCGGCUGGCGCGCAGUGCGAGCCCGCCCCGCGCCGACGCAGGCCGCAGCAGCGAGGGAGGGAGGAGACCGGACCGCGAGCAGCGCCCCCAGGUCGGACCUCCGAGUGGGCGGCGCCAGUGAGUGACGUCACCCAGGCACCCGGCAGAGGGCGCUUUCAUAACACGACCGGCCGGCGGCGGCGGGGCAGAAUCGAGGGCCGCCCAGCAGCAGACGACCGCGAGCCGAGCCGACGACGCGCCGUGUGCUGAUCACGUCCAGUGUGCGCGAGACAGACGACUAACGUGUGAGAGUGAGGCACUUGGAAGUGCCAAGGACUCUUGUGUGCUUGUGUGAACGUGUGAAACUGUGAGCCGGCAACAUGCCUGGAAAGACCGGCAAGGUUCUGCGGAACGGGAAGUGGGUGAAGGAAGAGAAGCGCGUGACGGAGGAGAAGAAGGUGCAGAAGUUCGAGACCCAGGAGAAGACCACGCAGAAGGUCUCCGGCAAGUUUUCCAAGAGUGCCACCAGCUCGGAAACACAGGCCGUGAAGAGCUCUGACGUGAAGGCCAUCAAGGGGAAGGAGACGACCAAGGGGACGACGAAGGAUGCGAUCAAAGAGUCGCCGAGCAAGGGGAAGACCAGCGACACGACCGGGACCGGCGCCGAGGGAGGCGCCGGCCCGGUAGUGUCGACAGCAGACAGCUCCAGUGCCGCCGAGUUAAGGGCCUCGACGGCGCAGGAGCUCAGCUCGUCACAGCUGGCCUCCUCCGAGCUGCAGAUCUCCGAGAUGUCGUCCACCCAGCUGGCCGAGAGCUCCUCCUCACAGCAGGUGAUGGAGAGCUCCAUGUCGCAGCAGGUGAUGGAGAGCUCCUCGUCACAGCAGAUGAUGGAACAGUCGUCAUCACAACAGAUGAUGGAGCAGUCGUCUUCACAGCAGAUGAUGGAGCAGUCCUCAUCACGUCAGCUUGCCGAAAGCACUUCUUCCUCUCAGCAGCUGAUGCAGCGUUCUUCCUCUUCUCAUCAGGUGCUGGAAAGCUCCUCUUCCCAGCAAAUGAUGGAACAAUCAACUUCCCAGCAGAUGAUGGAGUCCAUGUCCUCUCAGCAGGUACUGGAACAGUCAUCCAUGUCCUCCCAGAAAAUGAUGGAGCAGUCUUCUAUGUCUUCUCAGCAGCUGCUGGAGCAGUCCUCCAUGUCCUCCCAGCUGCAGCAGUCCUCGCAGAUGAGCGAGUCGCAAAAUGUGAGCUCGAGCGUCAUGGAGUCGAGCUCUUCCUCGAACGUGCAGCAGGUCGGCAGCGUCUCCAGCACCGGUGAGGUGCUGCAGAUCAGCGACAGCUCCAGGACUGUGGACGACAAGGGCGCUAGGAAGCCCAGCGCUGCCAAGAGGAAAAAGUCCGACCGACCCACCACCGCCGAGGGCGGCGGCAAAAACGCCAAGUGCAUCUGCGAAAUCUGCGAGUGCGGCAAGCACCGGUGUCCGCACACGGCGAUGAACACGCACACCUCGCACGUGCAGGAGUGUCUGGAGACGAGCAGCUCGAGCUCCAUGCAGGAGGCCUCCUCUCAGUUCACCACCACCACCAGAGAGGCGUACACUGCCAAAGCUGGUGAACAUGUCUCCCGGGAGCACCUCAUCAGGACUGCCGCCGAGGACCACCUGCGUGUGGAAGGUGACUUCCUGGGCCGCUCCCUGACCAAGGAGGCGUACCAGGGCCAUCACCCGACGCAGCAGCUCCUGCCGGCCGGAUCGGCCGCCACCAAUGUUUCAUCCUAUGAGCAGUCCAAAAUGUCAUCAUCGGAGUUCAUGUCUCAAGAAAAGAUGGAAAUGAGCGAGUCGACGUCCCGCUCCCAGUACCAGUCGGUCACCGCCGGGGAGCGCGCUGAGAUAGUCCGUCACGAGGACAACCUCCGGCUUGAGGGACAAUUCCAGGAUACCCGCGAGAGGACUGAGGUGGUUCGUGGGGAGAGGGCCGAGAUCGUCCGUAGGCAGGAUAACCUCCGCACCGAGGGCGACUUCCAGGGCUACCGCCAGGAGAUGGCCACGGUGGGCGAGCGGGCCGAGGUGGUGCGCCGCGCCGACAACCUCCGGCUCGAGGGCGACUUUGUGGACGCGCGCGAGCGGCAGGCGCCCGGCCGCGGCGAGCGUGCUCCCGUGGUGCGCCAUCCGGACCACCUGAGACAGACGGGAGAGUUCGCCGGUCAGUCGGUGACACACGCCUCCUACUGCGCCGUCCACGGUCACCGUUCAGUGGCGGUGCGCCACAACGACCAGCUUCACACAGCGCACAGCGAGCAGAGCUUCUCCACCUCCUCUCACCAUGACGACUUCGGCGCUCCGCACGGCGGCGAGCGACAGCCCAUCGUUACGUUCCCGGACGAAAUCCAGACCACCGGCGGCGAAUUCAUCGACACUCGGGAUCGCAGCGACGUGGUUCAUCGCGGGGAGCGAGCUGAUAUCAUCCGACGUGAGGACAACCUACGUAUGGAGGGACAGUUUGAGGACACCCGCGACCGAACCACCGUGCUUCGAGGGGAGCGAGCCGAAGUGGUCCGCCGUGAGGACAAUCUCCGCAUGGACGGGAAGUUCGAGGACACGCGUGAGCGAACUACCGUUAUGCGUGGGGAGAGAGCAGAGAUAGUUCGGCGGGAAGACAACCUACGCAUGGACGGAAAGUUUGAAGACACUCGAGAGAGAACCACUGUGGUGCGUGGGGAGAGAGCACAAGUUGUCCGUCGUGAGGACAACUUACGAAUGGACGGGACUUUCGAAGAUACACGUGAAAGAACCACAGUCGUCCGUGGUGAGCGGGCUGACAUCGUCCGUCGAGAGGACAACUUACGGAUGGAUGGCACGUUUGAAGGAAGACCUCGUGAUGAAGCGCCGAGAGGGGAAAGGGCUCCAAUAGUCCGAUACCCGGACAGCAUUAAGCUCGAAGGUGACUUCCCAGACAGAGAAAGAGAAGGGGCACCACGCGGAGAGCGUGCUCCCCGGGUGGCUCAUCCAGACAAUCUCCGGCCGGAAGGUGACUUCACAGGCAGGCCAAGAGAAGGAGCGCCCAAAGGUGAACGUGCUCCUAUUGUGAAACAUCCCGACAACAUAAGACUAGAGGGCGAUUUCUCUGACCGACCGAGGGAGGGAGCACCUCGAGGUGAGCGUGCACCUCGUGUCCCUCAUCCGGACAAUCUUCGUCCCGAAGGUGAAUUCACUGACAGGCCAAGAGAAGGAGCUCCCAAAGGCGAACGUGCUCCUAUUGUGAAACAUCCCGAUAACAUAAGGCUAGAGGGCGAUUUCUCUGACCGACCGAGGGAGGGAGCACCUCGAGGUGAGCGUGCACCUCGUGUCCCUCAUCCGGACAAUCUUCGUCCCGAAGGUGAAUUCACUGACAGGCCAAGAGAAGGAGCACCCAAGGGCGAAAGAGCUCCAAUUGUGAAGCAUCCCGAUAACAUCAGACUAGAGGGUGACUUUGCUGACCGACCGAGGGAGGGAGCACCUCGAGGUGAGCGUGCUCCGCGGGUGGCUCAUCCGGACAAUCUGCGCCCGGAAGGUGAUUUUGCUGACAGAGAAGAAUACACACCCGGAAGAGGACAGCGAGCGCCGAUUGUGAAACACCCCGACCAUCUGAAGAUGGAGGGAGAGUUCUACGAUCGUCCAGAUCAGCAAGUUCCCAGAGGAGUGCAUGCACCUGUAGUCGAACACCCGGACCACCUAAAGCUGGAAGGUGACUUUAUCGAUGGAAGAGAAAAGCACGUUCCCGGCAGAGGACAGCGUGCCCCGAUUGUAAAGCAUCCUGAUCAUCUGAAGCUGGAAGGAGAGUUCUACCAGCCACCAGAUCAAGUCGUGCCGAAGGGGGUGCGAGCUCCUGUCGUAGAACAUCCAGACCACCUAAAAAUGGAGGGAGAGUUCACCGACGGCAGGGACCGCCACACGCCUGGUAGAGGACAGCGAGCACCGAUCGUCAAACAUCCGGAUCACUUACGUCCAGAGGGAGAGUUCGCUAAGAAGCCGCACGAGGAAGCUCCGAUCGGUGAGCGUGCACCCGUGGUGAGGCACCCUGACCAUCUGAAAAUGGUCGGACAGUUCAUUGACGAGCGUGACAAAACCGUCGUGCUGCAUGGUGAGCGUGCUGAUGUUGUACGCCGCGACGAUCAUCUGAAGAUGGAAGGUCGUUUCGAGGACACAAGGGAAUUUACGACUGUCACUCGCGGAGAAAGGGCUGAGAUUGUGCGUAGGGAGGACAACCUCCGAACGGGAGGAGAGUUUGUUGACACCAGGGAACGAACGACUGUGACUCACGGCGAGAGAGCUGAUAUUAUUCGUCGGGAGGAUAAUCUUAAAACAGAGGGACGGUUUGAGGACACGCGAGAGUACACUACUGUUACACGAGGUGAGCGUGCUUAUAUUGUCCGUAGAGAAGAUAAUUUGAGGAUGCAAGGCGACUUCGUGGACACUAGAGAAAAGACUAUGGUGACGCGUGGUGAAAGAGCCGAUAUAAUACGAAGAGAAGACAAUCUCAGAACAGAGGGGCGCUUUGAGGACACCAGGGAACUAACAACUGUCACAAGAGGAGAACGUGCAGAUAUCGUGCGUAGAGAGGACAAUCUUCGAAUGGAAGGUACUUUCGAAGAGCGCCCUCGUGGAGAAGCUCCCAGAGGCGAAAAGGUGCGUCCUAUACGUCACGGCGACAACCUGCGUCCGGAGGGUGAAUUCAGCGGGAAGCCAUUAGAAGAGGCCCCUCGUGGAGAGCGAGCUCCUGUUGUCAAAAGACCAGACAACCUGCGACCCGAGGGUGAUUUUACAGAUCGGCCGAGAGAAGAGGCACCGAAGGGUGAAAAGGCCACCCCAUACAAGUAUAGAGAUAACCUCAAGCCUGAGGGAGACUUUGUGGGAAAACGUACAGAAGAAGCUCCUCGUGGUGAACGCGCACCUGUCGUAAAACAUCCAGAUCACUUACGAAUGGAGGGACCAUUUGAAGGUCGCCCUAAUGAGGAGGCACCUAGAGGUGAAAGGGCGACACCGUUCAAAUACAGAGACAAUUUGAAGCCAGAAGGAGAGUUCACUGAUCGUCACCCCGAAGAGGUUCACAGAGGCGAGAGGGCCCCGGUCGUAAAAAGGCCAGAUAAUCUACGACCAGAAGGAGACUUCGUUGGUCGCCCAAGCGAAGAAGCUCCGAGGGGAGAAAGGGCCACUCCAUACAAAUACAGAGACAACUUGAGACCGGAAGGAGACUUCACUGAUCGACGCCCAGAGGACGCUCCUAAAGGAGAAAGAGCGCCGGUUGUAAGGCGACCUGACAAUCUUCGACCCGAGGGAGACUUCACAGAUCGACCUCGCGAGGAGGCACCCAAGGGAGAGAGAGCGACUCCCUACAAGUACAGAGAUAACCUGAAGCCCGAAGGCGACUUUGCUGACCGUCGUCCAGAGGAGAUUCAUAGAGGAGAGCGAGCGCCAGUGGUGAAACGGCCCGACAACCUCCGGCCCGAGGGCGACUUCGAAGGUCGUCCACGUGAAGAGGCUCCCAAGGGCGACAGGGCUACUCCGUACAAGUACAGAGAUAACCUAAGGCCCGAGGGAGACUUCACCGACCGUCGUCCGGAGGAGGCACCAAGGGGAGAGAGGGCUCCUGUUGUCAAGCGACCCGACAACCUUCGACCGGAAGGCGAUUUUGAAGAUCGUCCGCGCGGUGAGGCUCCCAAGGGCGAAAAAGUCACGCCAUACAAAUACAGAGACAACCUGAAGCCAGAGGGAGAGUUCAUCGGCAAGCCAACUGAGGAAGCCCCAAGGGGAGAACGUGCUCCAGUUGUCAAAAGACCGGACAACUUGAGGCCAGAAGGAGCAUUCGAAGACCGUCCUCGGGAAGAGGCGCCUCGUGGCGAGAAGGCAUCUCCGUACAAAUAUCGGGACAACCUCAAGCCGGAGGGAGACUUUACUGGACGACCGACGGAGGAAGUACCUCGUGCAGAACGCGCUCCUGUUGUCAGAAGGGCUGAUAAUCUAACCAUGGAGGGAGAGUUUGUCGACACGAGGGAGCGAACCACAGUCACCCGAGGCGAACGAGCCGACAUCGUUCGUCGUGAGGACAACCUGAGAACUGAGGGACGGUUUGAAGACACCCGAGAGUUCACCGCUGUGACCCGUGGCGAGCGGGCUGAAAUCAUCCGCAGAGAGGACAACCUUCACAUGGAGGGUACCUUUGAAGAUCGGCCACGAGGUGAGGCGCCGAGAGGAGAGAAAGUCCGUCCGAUUCGUCACGACGACAACCUCCGUCCGGAGGGUGACUUUACCGACAGACCGCGGGGAGAAGUGCCUCGUGGAGAGCGGGCGCCCGUCGUCAAACAUCCAGACCAUCUCACGAUGGAAGGAGAUUUCGUUGACACUCGUGAACACCGCACUCCAACGAAGGGCGAGCGUGCUCCUGUCGUACGUCGUCCGGACAACCUCCGACCGGAGGGUGAUUUCCCGGACCGACCUCAGGACCAGGCGCCCAGGGGGGAGCGAGCCCCCGUGGUGCGCCGACCAGACAACCUCGUCAUGGAGGGAGAGUUCAUUGAUACUCGGGAAACGGUCAGCCCUGUGAGGGGCGAGCGAGCCCCCGUCGUUCGACGACCUGACAACCUUCGUCCAGAGGGAGAGUUCACCCCAAAACAGCAAGAGACUGCCCCUAAGGGUGAACGAGCACCUGUUGUAAAACACCCCGAUCACCUAAAAAUGGAGGGACCUUUCGAAGGCCGGCCUAAUGAAGAGGCACCCCGUGGAGAAAAGGUUACUCCGUUCAAAUACCGAGACAACCUACGACCAGAGGGAGAGUUCACCGGGAGGCCUAGCGAAGAAGCUCCUCGUGGUGAACGGGCACCUGUCGUAAAACAUCCGGAUCACUUGCGAUUGGAGGGACCCUUCGAAGGACGCCCUAAUGAGGAGGCACCUAGAGGUGAAAGGGCGACUCCGUUCAAAUAUAGAGACAAUUUGAAGCCAGAAGGAGAGUUCACUGAUCGUCGCCCCGAAGAGGUUCACAGAGGUGAAAGGGCUCCGGUCGUAAAAAGGCCAGACAAUCUACGACCAGAAGGAGACUUCGUUGGUCGCCCAAACGAAGAGGCUCCGAGGGGAGAAAGGGCCACUCCAUACAAAUACAGAGACAACUUGAGACCGGAAGGAGACUUCACUGAUCGACGACCAGAGGACGCUCCUAAAGGAGAAAGAGCGCCGGUUGUAAGGCGACCUGACAAUCUUCGACCCGAGGGAGACUUCACAGAUCGACCUCGCGAGGAGGCACCCAAGGGAGAGAGAGCGACUCCCUACAAGUACAGAGAUAACCUGAAGCCCGAAGGCGACUUUGCUGACCGUCGUCCAGAGGAGAUUCAUAGAGGAGAGCGAGCGCCAGUGGUGAAACGGCCCGACAACCUCCGGCCCGAGGGCGACUUCGAAGGUCGUCCACGUGAAGAGGCUCCCAAGGGCGACAGGGCUACUCCGUACAAGUACAGAGAUAACCUAAGGCCCGAGGGAGACUUCACCGACCGUCGUCCGGAGGAGGCACCAAGGGGAGAGAGGGCUCCUGUUGUCAAGCGACCCGACAACCUUCGACCGGAAGGCGACUUUGAAGAUCGUCCGCGCGGUGAGGCUCCCAAGGGCGAGAAAGUCACGCCAUACAAAUACAGAGACAACCUAAAGCCAGAAGGAGAGUUCAUCGGCAAGCCAACUGAGGAAGCCCCGAGGGGAGAACGUGCUCCAGUUGUCAAACGACCGGACAACUUGAGGCCAGAGGGAGCUUUCGAAGACCGUCCUCGGGAAGAGGCGCCUCGUGGCGAGAAGGCAUCUCCGUACAAAUAUCGGGACAACCUCAAGCCGGAGGGAGACUUUACUGGACGACCGACGGAGGAAGUACCUCGUGCAGAACGCUCUCCUGUUGUCAGAAGGGCUGAUAAUCUAACCAUGGAGGGAGAGUUUGUCGACACAAGGGAGCGACACACAGUCACCCGAGGCGAACGAGCCGACAUCGUUCGUCGUGAGGACAACCUGAGAACUGAGGGACGGUUUGAAGACACUCGAGAGUUAACCGCUGUGACCCGUGGCGAGCGGGCUGAAAUCAUCCGCAGAGAGGACAACCUUCACAUGGAGGGUACCUUUGAAGAUCGGCCACGAGGUGAGGCGCCGAGAGGAGAGAAAGUCCGUCCGAUUCGUCACGACGACAACCUCCGUCCGGAGGGUGACUUUACCGACAGACCGCGGGGAGAAGUGCCUCGUGGAGAGCGGGCGCCUGUCGUCAAACAUCCAGACCAUCUCACGAUGGAGGGAGAUUUCGUCGACACUCGUGAACACCGCACUCCAACGAAGGGCGAGCGUGCUCCCGUCGUACGUCGUCCGGACAACCUCCGACCGGAGGGUGAUUUCCCGGACCGACCUCAGGACCAGGCGCCUAAGGGGGAGCGAGCCCCCGUGGUGCGCCGACCAGACAACCUCGUCAUGGAGGGAGAGUUCAUCGAUACUCGAGACUUUGUAAGUCCACCCAAAGGCGAAAAAACUUCUCUUAUCCGUCACCAUGACAAUCUGAUACCAGAAGGAGAGUUUCCUGGUAGACCAAUAGAAGAAGCUCCGAGAGGCGAGCGUGCAGCGGUUGUAAAGAGGCCUGACAACCUUAAAUCAGAAGGAGACUUUGCCGGAAGACCAACAGAAGAAGCCCCAAGAGGCGAGCGUGCCCCUGUUGGAAGAAGGCCUGACAACCUCAAAUCCGAAGGCGAGUUCGCCGGAAGACCAACAGAAGAAGCUCCAAGAGGUGAGCGUGCCGCUGUUGUAAAAAGACCUGACAACCUCAAAUCCGAAGGCGAGUUCACCGGAAGACCAACAGAAGAACCCCCAAGAGGCGAGCGUGCCCCUGUUGUAAGAAGGCCUGACAACCUCAAAUCGGAGGGCGAGUUCGCCGGAAGACCAACAGAAGAAGCCCCAAGAGGCGAGCGUGCCCCUGUUGUAAAAAGGCCUGACAACCUCAAAUCCGAAGGCGAGUUCGCCGGAAGACCAACAGAAGAAGCUCCAAGAGGCGAGCGUGCUCCAGUGGUAAGAAGGCCUGACAACCUCAAAUCGGAAGGCGAUUUCGCCGGAAGACCAACAGAAGAAGCUCCAAGAGGCGAACGUGCUGCGGUUGUAAGAAGGCCUGACAACCUCAAAGCCGAAGGCGAGUUCGCCGGAAGACCAACAGAAGAAGCUCCAAGAGGCAAGCGUGCUCCAGUGGUAAGAAGGCCUGACAACCUCAAAUCAGAGGGAGAAUUUGCUGGAAGACCAACAGAAGAAGCUCCGAGAGGCGAGCGUGCCCCUAUUGUAAGAAGGCCUGACAACUUAAAAUCGGAAGGCGAUUUCGCCGGAAGACCAACAGAAGAAGCUCCAAGAGGCGAGCGUGCCCCUGUUGUAAGAAGGCCUGACAACCUCAAAUCGGAAGGCGAUUUCGCCGGAAGACCAACAGAAGAAGCUCCAAGAGGCGAGCGUGCUGCGGUUGUAAGAAGGCAUGACAACCUCAAAGCCGAAGGCGAGUUCGCCGGAAGACCAACAGAAGAAGCUCCAAGAGGCAAGCGUGCUCCUGUGGUAAGAAGGCCUGACAACCUCAAAUCAGAGGGAGAAUUUGCUGGAAGACCAACAGAAGAAGCCCCGAGAGGCGAGCGUGCCCCUAUUGUAAGAAGGCCUGACAACUUAAAAUCGGAAGGCGAUUUCGCCGGAAGACCAACAGAAGAAGCUCCAAGAGGCGAACGUGCUGCGGUUGUAAGAAGGCCUGACAACCUAAAAUCAGAAGGAGAGUUUGCCGGAAGACCAACAGGAGUAGCUCUAAGAGGCGAGCGUGCCCCUGUUGUAAGAAGACCUGACAACCUCAAAUCGGAAGGCGAUUUCGCCGGAAGACCAACAGAAGAAGCCCCAAGAGGCGAGCGUGCCCCUGUUGUAAGAAGGCCUGACAACCUCAAAUCGGAAGGCGAUUUCGCCGGAAGACCAACAGAAGAAGCCCCAAGAGGCGAGCGUGCCCCUGUUGUAAGAAGGCCUGACAACCUCAAAUCCGAAGGCGAGUUCGCCGGAAGACAAACAGAAGAAGCUCCAAGAGGCGAGCGUGCUCCAGUGGUAAGAAGGCCUGACAACCUCAAAUCGGAAGGCGAUUUCGCCGGAAGACCAACAGAAGAAGCUCCAAGAGGCGAACGUGCUGCGGUUGUAAGAAGGCCUGACAACCUCAAAUCGGAAGGCGAUUUCGCCGGAAGACCAACAGAAGAAGCCCCAAGAGGCGAGCGUGCCCCUGUUGUAAGAAGGCCUGACAACCUCAAAUCGGAAGGCGAUUUCGCCGGAAGACCAACAGAAGAAGCUCCCAGAGGCGAGCGUGCUCCAGUGGUAAGAAGGCCUGACAACCUCAAAUCCGAAGGCGAGUUCGCCGGAAGACCAACAGAAGAAGCUCCAAGAGGCGAGCGUGCUCCAGUGGUAAGAAGGCCUGACAACCUCAAAUCGGAAGGCGAUUUCGCCGGAAGACCAACAGAAGAAGCUCCAAGAGGCGAACGUGCUGCGGUUGUAAGAAGGCCUGACAACCUCAAAUCGGAAGGCGAGUUUGCUGGAAGACCAACAGAAGAAGCCCCGAGAGGCGAACGUGCUCCAGUGGUAAGAAGGCCUGACAACCUCAAAUCGGAAGGCGAUUUCGCCGGAAGACCAAGAGAAGAAGUUCCAAGAGGCGAGCGUGCACCAGUGGUAAGAAGGCCAGACAACCUCAAAUCAGAAGGAGAGUUCGCUGAAAGACAAACAGAAGAAGCCCCAAGAGGCGAGCGUGCCCCUGUUGUAAGAAGGCCUGACAACCUCAAAUCGGAAGGCGAGUUCGCCGGAAGACCAACAGAAGAAGCUCCCAGGGGCGAACGUGCUCCAGUGGUAAAAAGGCCUGACAACCUUAAAUCGGAAGGCGAUUUCGCCGGAAGACCAACAGAAGAAGCUCCAAGAGGCGAACGUGCUCCAGUGGUAAGAAGGUCUGACAACCUCAAACCAGAAGGAGAGUUUACUGGAAGACCAACAGAAGAAGCUCCAAGAGGCGAGCGUGCUCCAGUGGUAAGAAGGCCUGACAACCUCAAAUCGGAAGGCGAGUUCGCCGGAAGACCAACAGAAGAAGCCCCGAGAGGUGAGCGUGCCCCUGUUGUAAGAAGGCCUGACAACCUCAAAUCGGAAGGCGAGUUCGCCGGAAGACCAACAGAAGAAGCUCCAAGAGGCGAACGUGCUCCAGUGGUAAGAAGGCCUGAUAACCUCAAAUCAGAGGGGGAAUUCGCCGGAAGACCAACAGAAGAAGCCCCGAGAGGCGAGCGUGCUCCAGUGGUAAGAAGAUCUGACAACCUCAAAUCAGAGGGGGAAUUUGCCGGAAGACCAACAGAAGAAGCCCCGAGAGGUGAGCGUGCCGCUGUUGUAAAAAGGCCUGACAACCUCAAAUCGGAGGGCGAAUUCGCUGGAAGACAAACAGAAGAAGCUCCGAGAGGCGAGCGUGUCCCAGUGGUAAGAAGGCCUGACAACCUCAAAUCAGAGGGAGAUUUUGCCGGAAGACCAACAGAAGAAGCUCCAAGAGGCGAGCGUGCCCCUGUUGUGAGAAGGCCUGACAACCUCAAAUCGGAAGGCGAGUUCGCCGGAAGACCAACAGAAGAAGCUCCCAGAGGCGAACGUGCUACAGUGGUAAGAAGGCCUGACAACCUCAAAUCAGAGGGGGAAUUUGCCGGAAGACAAACAGAGGAGGCUCCAGGGGGAGAGCGUGCUCUAAUGAUGAGAAGGCCUGACAACGUGAAGCCUGAGGGAGAGUUCACUGGAAGACCGAGAGAAGAGCGUGGUUCUGUUGAGCGUGGUCAAAUGUUAGGUGACAGCGAACGUGCACGACCCAUCAAACAUUCGGACCAUCUGAUAACCAGUGGAUCGUUUGAAGACAGAACAAGAGAGGAGUUCCCUGUCGUUGAUAGAGCUAUUGCAGUGAAACCUAAGGACAAUCUGUAUCCUGAGGGGACAUUUGAAGGCAGGGUUUCCGGUGAAGCCGAACCUAGAGGAAACCGAGAUUCAAACUACCAAAUGCCAGACGAUUCUCUUUCUGGGAUGCAUCCAGACACGCGUGAGACUCAGGUGUUGACGCGAGGCGAGCGUGCCGACGUCGUACGCCGCGAGGACACCCUGCGGAUGACGGGAGAAUUCACAGAUACCCGAGAAAAGACGGUGUACACGCAUGGGGAGCGUACUGACGUGGUACGCCGUGAGGACAACCUCCGCAUGGAGGGGACAUUCGAGGACCGACCACGGCAAGAGGCGCCGCGCGGUCAAAAGGCGCUCCCCUACAAGUACAACGACAACCUGCGACCUGAGGGCGAAUUCACGGAUCGUCGCCCUGAGGACGCGCCAAAGGGAGAGCGAGCGCCUGUGGUCCGACGUCCAGACAACCUCACUACAGAAGGAGAAUUUGUGGACACUCGGGAGCAGUAUACACCCGUGCGCGGAGACCGAGCACCAGUGGUCAAGCACCCUGAUCAUCUGAAGAUGGAUGGGAAGUUUGAAGACCGACCUCAUGAGGCAGUACCGAGAGGCGAACGUGCUCCCGUAGUCAAACAUCCAGACCACUUGAAGAUGGAAGGGCAAUUUGACGACCGCCCUCGAGAGGAGGCUCCGAAGGGUGAAAAGGCCAGGCCAUACAAAUACAACGACAACUUGAAGCCAGAAGGAGACUUCACCGACAGACGUCCCGAGGAAGCGCCUAAAGGAGAAAGGGCGCCUGUUGUCAGGAGACCCGACAACCUGCGACCAGAGGGAGUUUUCGAAGAUCGUCCUCGCGGAGAAGCACCGAAAGGUGAGAAAGCAACACCAUACAAGUACAGAGACAACCUGAAGCCAGAAGGAGAGUUUACUGAUCGUCGCCCCGAGGACGCUCCAAAAGGAGAGAGGGCUCCUGUCGUCAAACGGCCCGACAACCUCCGGCCUGAGGGCGAUUUCGAGGAUCGCCCGCGAGGUGAGGCUCCUAAAGGUGAACGUGCAGCCCCAUACAAGUACAGGGACAAUCUGAAGCCGGAAGGAGAAUUCACAGAUCGUCUCCCGGAGGAAAUCCACAGGGGUGAGAGGGCUCCUGUGGUGAAACGGCCAGAUAAUCUGAGACCAGAGGGAGAUUUUGUGGACCGUCCCCACGAGCAAGCACCAAAGGGCGAAAGGGCGACUCCAUACAAGUACAGGGAUAACCUGAAGCCAGAAGGCGACUUUACAGACCGCCGACCUGAGGAUGCACCCAAGGGAGAGCGGGCCCCUGUUGUCAAGAGACCUGACAACCUUCGCCCGGAGGGCGAUUUCCAAGACCGUCCUCGUGGUGAGGCUCCUAAGGGUGAGCGUGCAACGCCGUACAAGUACAGAGACAACCUGAAACCAGAAGGCGAGUUCACUGAUCGACUCCCAGAAGAGGUUCACAGGGGUGAAAGAGCACCAGUUGUCAAACGACCCGAUAACCUCCGCCCGGAAGGUGACUUUGAAGUUCGUCCUCGUGGCGAGGCACCCAAGGGCGAACGAGCCACUCCUUACAAGUACAGGGACAACCUAAAGCCUGAGGGUGAGUUUGCUGAUCGUCGACCUGAGGAUGCACCUAAAGGCGAACGAGCCCCCGUUGUAAAGAGACCUGACAACUUAAGACCUGAAGGUAACUUUGAAAACCGUCCCAGAGAGGAAGCACCGAAGGGCGAACGAGCGACUCCUUAUAAGUACAGGGACAAUCUCAAACCCGAAGGCGAAUUCACAGACCGUCUUCCCGAGGAAAUUCACAGGGGCGAAAGAGCGCCAGUAGUAAAACGGCCAGACAAUCUGAAGCCAGAAGGCGACUUUGCAGACCGUCCUCACGAAGAGGCCCCCAGGGGUGAACGGGCUACUCCUUACAAGUACAGGGAUAACCUAAAACCCGAAGGUGACUUUACAGACCGCCGACCUGAGGAUGCACCUAAGGGAGAGCGGGCCCCUGUUGUCAAGAGACCUGACAACCUUCGUCCUGAAGGAGACUUUGAAGAUCGUCCCCGUGGCGAGGCUCCUAAAGGUGAGCGUGCAACGCCGUACAAGUACAGAGACAACCUGAAACCAGAAGGCGAGUUCACCGAUCGACUCCCAGAAGAGGUUCACAGGGGUGAAAGAGCACCAGUUGUCAAACGACCCGACAACCUCCGCCCGGAGGGCGACUUCGAAGAUCGCCCUCGUGGCGAGGCACCCAAGGGCGAACGAGCGACUCCUUACAAGUACAGGGACAACCUGAAGCCUGAGGGUGAGUUUACUGAUCGUCGACCCGAAGAGAUCCAUAGAGGAGAGCGUGCUCCAGUCGUAAAGCGGCCCGAUAACCUACGUCCUGAAGGGGACUUUGAAGAUCGCCCGCGUGGUGAGGCUCCCAAGGGUGAAAAGGCGACGCCGUACAAGUACAGAGACAACCUGAAGCCAGAGGGUGAAUUUACUGAUCGCAGGCCGGAAGAGAUACCUAAGGGUGAACGAGCCCCCGUAGUAAAGCGACCUGACAACUUAACAAUGGAAGGCGAGUUCGUUGAUACACGUGAGAAGCACACACCGGGAAGGGGAGACAGGGCACCUGUAGUGAAACACCCUGAUCACCUAAGAAUGGAUGGCAAGUUCGAAGACAGGCCAAAGGACGUCGCUCCAACCGCAGAGCGCGCGCCCGUUGUGAAGCGGGUUGAUAAUCUCAUGAUGGAAGGGGAAUUUACUGACACCAGGGAGCGAACAACCGUGACUCGAGGGGAACGGGCAGAUAUUAUUCGUCGCGAGGACAAUCUGCGAAUGGAAGGGACAUUUGAAGACACACGAGAGCUUAAAACCGUCACUCGAGGAGAACGGGCUGACAUUGUUCGAAGAGAAGACAACCUACGGAUGGAAGGACAUUUCGAGGACCGUCCGCGUGGAGAAGCUCCCAGGGGAGAGAAAGUCAAACCUAUCAAACAUGGUGAUAACCUUAGACCAGAGGGUGAUUUUACUGACAGACGUCCCGAUGAAGCUCCUAAGGGCGAAAGAGCUCCGGUUGUCAAACGACCCGAUAACAUUGUAGUUGAGGGAGAGUUCAUUGACACACGAGAGAAAAUGACCCCGGGAAGAGGCGAUCGAGCACCAGUAGUUAAACAUCCAGAUCACUUGAAGCUGGAUGGCAACUUUGAAGAGCGUCCAAAAGACCAAGUACCAAAGGGAGAGCGUGCUCCUGUUGUCAAACACCCGGACCAUCUUAGGAUGGAAGGAACGUUUGAUGAUCGUCCCCGCGAGGAGGCCCCACGAGGCGAAAAGGCAACACCAUAUAAAUACAGGGACAAUCUGAAGCCAGAGGGUGACUUCACAGGAAGACCGACAGAAGAGGCACCAAAGGGUGAAAGGGCUCCUGUUGUCAAACGAACAGAUAAUUUGACAAUGGAGGGCGAAUUUGUCGAUACAAGAGAGCGAACUACAGUGACCCGCGGUGAAAGAGCCGACAUCAUCCGCCGGGAGGAUAAUCUCAAAACAGAGGGGAGGUUCGAGGACACCAGAGAAUAUACAACCGUUACCCGUGGAGAGCGUGCCGAAAUCGUCCGAAGGGAAGACAACCUCCACAUGGAAGGCACGUUCGAGGACCGUCCUCGUGGCGAAGCCCCGAAGGGAGAGAAGGUUCGUCCUAUCCGCCAUGGCGACAAUCUUCGCCCAGAGGGUGAUUUUACUGGUCGUCCUAAGGAUGAAGCACCUAAAGGAGAAAGAGCUCCUGUUGUGAAACGUUCUGACAACCUUACGGUUGAGGGUGAGUUUGUUGACACCAGAGAAAGAACGACGGUAACUCGUGGGGAAAGGGCAGAUAUCGUCCGCCGUGAAGAUAAUCUAAGGACAGAAGGAAGAUUCGAAGACACCCGUGAAGUGACCACGAUCACCCGCGGUGAGCGGGCUGAAAUUGUUCGCAGGGAAGACAACCUACGCAUGGAGGGGCAGUUUAAUGAUCGUCCGAAAGAGAAUGCUCCGAAAGGCGAAAAGGCCAAACCAGUCAAGCACGAUGACAAUCUAAGACCAGAAGGAGAGUUCACGGGUCGCCCAAAAGAUGGGGCCCCUAAAGGAGAGCGCGCACCCGUCGUGAAACAUCCUGACCAUCUGAAGAUGGAAGGCGACUUCACAGAUGGGAGAGAUCGCCACUCUCCCGGUAGGGGGCAGCGGGCGCCAGUUGUCAAACACCCUGACCAUUUGAAAUUGGAGGGAGAUUUCAUGGAUCGUCCCGACGAAAAGGCACCAAAAGGUGAAAGAGCCCCAGUAGUAAAGCACCCAGACCAUCUAAAAAUGGAAGGUGAUUUCACUGACGGCCGAGAUCGUCACGCACCAGGAAAGGGACAAAGAGCACCAGUGGUCAAACAUCCUGAUCAUCUGAAGAUGGAGGGAGAGUUUGCUGAUCGCCCAGAUAAGAAGGCACCAAAGGGCGUGAGAGCUCCAGUUGUUAAACACCCAGAUCAUCUGAAAAUGGAGGGCGAUUUUACAGACGGCCGUGACCGGCAUGCGCCAGGAAAGGGACAACGGACGCCUGUCGUGAAGCACCCAGACCAUUUGAAGAUGGAAGGCGAAUUCAUGGACCGCCCUGACGAUAAGGUACCAAAAGGCGUCAGAGCACCUGUUGUCAAACAUCCUGACCAUCUAAAGAUGGAGGGGGAGUUCGCCGACCGUCCAGACAAGAAAGCUCCCAAAGGCGUAAGGGCACCGGUUGUGAAGCAUCCUGACCAUUUGAAAAUGGAGGGAGAGUUCGCUGAUCGUCCAGACAGCAAAGCACCGAAGGGCGUUCGUGCUCCUGUUGUACAGCAUCCUGAUCAUCUCAAACCAGGGGGCGAGUUCCUGGAUACGCGCGAUAAACAGUCGCCUGGUCGUGGAGAUCGCGCACCAGUUGUGAAGCACCCAGACCAGCUGAAACUGGACGGAGACUUUGCCCAGCGACCCGCAGGAAAAGCGCCGCAAGGUGAGCGAGCACCUGUUGUCAGACGAGAGGAUAACCUGACCAUGGAGGGCGAAUUCACGGACACACGAGAACAAACGGUGGUGCGUCGGGGCGAAAGGGCUGAUAUCGUCCGGAGAGAAGACAAUCUUCGAAUGGAAGGUAGCUUCGAAGACACGAGAGAACGUAAUAAGGUGACUCGCGGGGAGCGAGCAGAGAUCGUUCGAAGAGAAGACAACCUCCGAAUGGAAGGUCGCUUUGAGGACACAAGAGAUCAGAAGACCGUCACUCGAGGCGAACGGGCUGAUAUUGUCCGCAGGGAAGAUAACCUCCGCAUGGAAGGUCGCUUUGAGGACACAAGAGAUCAGACGACCGUCACUCGAGGCGAGCGGGCUGAUAUUGUCCGCAGGGAAGAUAACCUUCGCAUGGAGGGCAAAUUUGAUGACACCAGGGAGCGCACCUCGAUAACGCGCGGUGAGCGGGCCGAGAUCGUGCGCAGAGAGGACACUCUGCGGAUGGAGGGCGACUUCCAGGGUCGACCUCGCGGCGAGGCCCCGCGUGGUGAGCGUGCACCACGAGUUGACCAUCCUGAUAAUCUAAAGCCAGAGGGCGACUUCUCGGGGAAGCCGCGCGAGCAGGCUCCGCGCGGUGAGCGGGCGCCCGUGGUGCGCCACCCGGACCAUCUGCGCAUGGAGGGCAAGUUCGAGGACGGCCGCGAGAUGGUGACGGUGAUGCGCGGCGAGCGGGCCGACGUGGUACGCCACAGCGACAACCUGCGCACCGAGGGCUCCUUCACAGACACCAGACAGAAGACAACGGUGAAGCAGGGAUCUCGGGCGAGCAUAGUCCGCCAUGAGGACAACCUCCGCAUGGAAGGAAAAUUCAACGACGGAAGGCAGAAGACGCUUGUCAGCCAGGGUGAACGUGCCUCUAUUGUAAAACAUAAGGACAAUCUGCGAAUGGAAGGCCAGUUUGAGGACUUGCCGGCCAGCCCGGAGUCUGGCGUCGGCGAGCGGUCCUCGGCCAGCGGACCGGACCGGCAGUCCCCGGAGAGCCAUCGGUCGUCGGCAGGCCUCCCCCGGUCUCCGGCCGGGUCCCAGAGCCGGGGCUCUCCGACGGACCGGCGCUGGUCCUCGGGCGAGUCGUCCCUGGACUCCGGGGCGCCGACCACUCGGUCCCCGGCGGACCAGGACCGCCGCCGGUCCUCUGGUCAGUCCGGCCGGUCCGCCGCCGUCCGGCCCAGGGAUAAUCUGCGCGUGGAGGGAGAGUUCCAGGGCCGGCGCGCCGACUCGCUCGUCGUCGUCCGCGGCGAACGGGCCGAGGUGGUGCGCCACCAGGACAAUCUGCGAGUCGGAAGACAGCUAUUCGCCGAGCGACAACAGAAGACCACCACAGUGACCGGUGAGAGGGCCGAGGUCGUGCGACACACCGAUAACCUGACGGUGGGAGGCGGAGACUUCAGCGCACCGCGCACCCCGACCGCGCCGGCCGCCGGCGAGCGGGCCUCGCCGGUCCGGCCGCAGGACAACCUGCGCAUGGAGGGACAGUUCUCCGACACCCGCCGUAAGACGGUGGUGAAGCAGGGCGAGCGGGCCGAGGUGCGUCGGCGCCAGGACAACCUGAAGCUGGAGGGCGAGUUCGUGGGUCGCGAGCAGCGCACCUCCCAGACCACAGUGGUGCGCGCCGCCGGAGUGCCGUCAGGAGCAGCGGUGUCGACCAGCCAGGGCGACUUCCAGCCGUUCAAGACGGUCAGCAAGCCGGCCGGCCAGACGGUGCAGCAGAGCCAAACGCAGCAGCAGUCGUCGAUGAGCGUCAGCCAGCAGGGUGGCGCCUCCUCGCGCACCGAGCAGCACUCGUCCAGCGCGCACCUGGAGCAGCGCAAGGUCUCCAGCUCGCAGCAGCAGUCCUCGUCCACCGCCCGGAGCUCGCAACAGGUGGCGCAGCAGCGCUCCGCGUCCAGCAGCCAGCUGGAGCAGCGCAGCAUGUCGGCCAGCGAGCAGCGCGCCAUGAUGUCCUCCAGUCACACCGAGCAGCGCGUCACGUCGGCCGAGCAGCACUCCAGCUCCCAGCAGCAGACGGUCAGCAGCAGCACCAGCAGCAGCAGCCGGCAGAUCCGUGACUCCUCCGCCCACCGGCGCGCCACGCGACACAACACGUGGACACGCGACGACACCGAGCGCGUCAAGGCGGUCCGUCAGGCCGACAACCUCACCCUGGAGGGCUCGCACACGUUCGAGACCAGCUCGGGGAGGCGCGGGAAGGCGCGGAUCCGCCCGGAGACGCAGCCGGUGGCCGGUGCGCGACCCGUGGGUGUCCAGGAGCCGCGCACCUCGCCCGACAAGCAGCCGGCCGCCGGACAGCGGCCCGGCAGCGGCGAGGGAAGCGACCGCGCCUUCGCCGGCUCUCUGCGCAAAGACGAGCAGAGCGUGAAAAAGUGGGCGGCCAACACCCAGCAGCGCGCUGGCAGCUCCUCGGGCGUCAGCAGCGCCCUCCAGCAGAGCAGCGCCAGCAGCAGCGCGGUGCAGCAGCAGCAGGUCAGCAGCUCCUCGGUCCAGCAGCAGCAGCAGAGCUCCAGCAGCACGCGGCGCGAGUCGCGCGUCUCCAGCAGCACGCAGCAGACUGAGCAGCGCAGCCGGGCCGUGCGCAGCUCCACGCAGUCGCUCGGCAUCUUCCACGGCGACUACGACGUGUUCAAGGACAAGUCGGCCUCCAAGAACCAGUCGUACGCCACCUACAAGCCGUGCCCGGCGGCUGUGGUCGACUCGCCCAUGUCAAACCUGCGCCCGGUAGGACAGACGCACGACCACAAGUACUACAUGCCGAAGGUCAGCGACUAGGGAAACUCGAUGCGAUUUUGUGAUAAUGUGUGACGCGGGAUGUCGCUAGGACCGCUCUCGGCGACAGUCAGGGGUCUCCCUUAGCUCCUAACAUCGCCGAGUGCUGUCCGACCGACCCGAAUAAGGGCCAGAGCUGAUAGACCAGAUGCGUUGUGUUCCACGGAAGCGUUCGUGAUGCGAGGUCCGGAGGAAGGGUGGGGGCCGGCGCCGGGCACUGCCGGCUUCCCUUACCCGUGCGGUGCCCGCCCGCCGGCCCCGGCCCGUCACCGUGACCCGGGUAGAGACAGGCGGCGCCAUCGACGAGCGUCGUCGCUUUCGUCACGCGCUUCGACGCUCGUUCGCUGCAUGUGAUAGACACGCCCCGAACACCGUCCACGCGUGAGGCCUUUCCACCGCGCCGGGCCGCCGGCCUGCGCAUUGUGAUGUCGAUUGGACCGCGGAUGCAUGAGGGUGGCGAGGAUGUGUAAAAAUCAAAGCUGGAUAUGUUUUUAGGCAGCGAUACUAGUGCUAGUAUUUUCCAAGGUAUUGUCUUACUAAUUCUGACUCGCUUGUGGUUAUGGCAACUGAUGUCCAAUGAACUAAUGGCUAUUUAUACAGCCCUUGGCGAGUGUGAAUGCGUUUCUCUAACUAGCUAGUGAUGCAGAAAUGCUCAUUUAUGUUUUGAUGAUAUUUUCGAGGUGAAAAUACAUUGCUUUAUGUAACAACAAGCUUUUAAUAACGUGAAUCUAUUUAAAUACACGAGUCAUAAUACUA